UUCGAUGCCAGGAGGCCCGCGGAUCGGGGUGCUGGGGGAGCGGCCCAGGCGAUGCCCGGUUCCUGAGCCCAAGGCCGCGGCGGAGCUGUGAGUGGACGCUGGGCGCGGCGCGGUGAGCUGGAUGGCUGCGGGCCGGAGCCCCAGCAAGUAGUCGUCGGGCUGUGGGGCGCCUGCCCCGGCGGCGGCGGCGGGACCAUGCCCGAGCGGCUCGCGGGGAUGCCCUUGGAUCUCUGGACCCCGCUCCUGGUACUAUGGAUGGCGCUGCCCCCUUGCGCUCCUGCGGCUCCCACGGGCCCGGCCCCGGUCUUCCUGGGCGGGCCCCCUCUGGAACCCAGCCGGCUGAGUGACGAGCAGCGGGUUUUGAACCGCUCCAAGAGAGGCUGGGUUUGGAAUCAAAUGUUUGUCCUGGAGGAGUUUUCUGGACCUGAACCGAUUCUCGUUGGCCGGCUGCACACAGACCUGGAUCCUGGGAGCAAAAAGAUCAAGUAUAUCCUAUCAGGCGAUGGAGCUGGGACAAUAUUUCAAAUAAAUGAUAUAACAGGAGAUAUCCAUGCUAUAAAAAGACUUGACCGGGAGGAAAAAGCUGAGUAUACUCUCACAGCCCAGGCCGUGGAUUGGGAGACGAACAAGCCUCUGGAGCCUCCUUCUGAAUUUAUUAUCAAAGUUCAAGACAUCAACGACAAUGCGCCGGAGUUUCUUAAUGGACCCUAUCAUGCCACUGUGCCAGAGAUGUCCAUUUUGGGUACGUCUGUCACUAAUGUAACAGCUACAGAUGCUGACGACCCAGUUUAUGGAAACAGUGCAAAGUUGGUUUAUAGUAUCUUGGAAGGGCAGCCUUAUUUUUCCAUUGAGCCUGAGACAGCGAUUAUAAAAACUGCCCUUCCCAACAUGGACAGAGAAGCCAAGGAGGAGUACCUGGUUGUUAUCCAAGCCAAGGAUAUGGGUGGACACUCCGGGGGCCUGUCUGGGACCACGACACUCACAGUGACCCUUACGGACGUUAACGAUAAUCCUCCAAAAUUUGCCCAAAGUCUAUAUCACUUCUCAGUACCCGAAGACGUGGUUCUUGGCACUGCCAUAGGGAGGGUAAAAGCCAACGACCAGGACAUUGGUGAAAAUGCACAGUCAUCCUACGACAUCAUCGACGGAGAUGGCACAGCACUCUUUGAAAUCACUUCUGACGCCCAGGCUCAGGAUGGCAUUAUAAGGCUAAGAAAGCCUCUGGACUUUGAGACCAAAAAGUCCUAUACGCUGAAGGUAGAGGCCGCCAACGUCCACGUUGACCCACGUUUCAGCAGCAGGGGGCCCUUCAAAGACACGGCGACGGUCAAGAUCGUCGUGGAGGAUGCUGACGAGCCCCCGGUCUUCUCCUCCCCGACGUACCUCCUCGAGGUCCACGAGAACGCUGCUCUCAACUCCGUGAUCGGCCAGGUGACGGCCCGGGACCCCGACAUCACCUCCAGUCCCAUCAGGUUUUCCAUCGACCGGCACACUGACCUGGAGAGACAGUUCAACAUUAAUGCAGAUGAUGGAAAGAUAACGCUGGCAACACCACUUGACAGAGAAUUAAGUGUAUGGCACAACAUAACAAUCAUUGCUACUGAAAUUAGGAACCACAGUCAGAUAUCACGAGUGCCUGUUGCUAUUAAAGUGCUGGAUGUCAAUGACAACGCCCCUGAAUUCGCAUCCGAAUAUGAGGCAUUUUUAUGUGAAAAUGGAAAACCCGGCCAAGUUAUUCAAACAGUGAGUGCCAUGGACAAAGAUGAUCCCAAAAACGGACAUUAUUUCUUAUACAGUCUUCUUCCAGAAAUGGUCAACAAUCCGAAUUUUACCAUCAAGAAAAAUGAAGAUAAUUCCCUCAGCAUUUUGGCCAAGCAUAAUGGAUUCAACCGCCAGAAGCAAGAAGUCUAUCUUUUACCAAUCAUAAUAAGCGACAGUGGGAAUCCUCCUUUGAGCAGCACCAGCACCCUGACCAUCCGGGUCUGUGGCUGCAGCAGUGAUGGCGUUGUCCAGUCUUGUAACGUUGAAGCUUAUGUCCUUCCAAUUGGACUCAGUAUGGGCGCCUUAAUUGCCAUAUUAGCAUGCAUCAUUUUGCUGCUCGUCAUCGUGGUGCUGUUCGUGACUCUGCGGCGGCACAAGAACGAGCCGCUCAUCAUCAAGGACGACGAGGACGUGCGGGAGAACAUCAUCCGCUACGACGACGAGGGCGGCGGGGAGGAGGACACGGAGGCCUUCGACAUCGCCACGCUGCAGAACCCGGACGGCGUGAGCGGCCUGGCCCCGCGCAGGGACGUGAAGCCCGAGCUGCAGCUGCUGCCGCGGCGGGGCCCGGGCGCGGGCCCGGGCGGCGUGGACGUGGACGAGUUCAUCAGCGUGCGGCUGCACGAGGCCGACAGCGACCCCGCCGCGCCGCCCUACGACUCCAUCCAGGUGUACGGCUACGAGGGCCGCGGCUCGGCGGCAGGCUCGCUCAGCUCGCUGGGCUCGGGCGCCUCGGACUCGGACCAGAGCUUCGACUACCUCAGCGACUGGGGGCCCCGCUUCCAGAGGCUCGGGGAGCUGUACGCGGGGGGCGCGGCCGACGCCGACACCUGACGGAGGACCGGCGCGGCC